AUGGCUUUCUGCCAUCCCUACCAACCACUGGUCCACUGCCUCAGGUAUCUCUUGUUGUCCACUACUGUAGACCACAGCCACGAGCCACCCAUGCUGCAUGGCAUGGCAUAUUGGAGGUGGCAAGUGGCAUGUUGCUACGGUAAUUCUCCCUCCUACUUGUUGACCUACCUCUCCAUGGGUGCUGAUGCUCGUGCUGGUGCUGGUGCUGGUGCCGGUGCCGAUGCUGGGAGCCAGCUAAGGUACCUCCUAGUACUGUCCACGACCACGUCGUCGAUGAGUACUGACCUACCUCCUACACUGUACGACGACCACCGUACUACCUGA